AUGGCCGCUGACGGCGCACGCCGAAAGCUGUACUCACCACUCGACGUUGGAAGAGGCGAGAUCAGAGUUCUAGAGGUCCAGCGACAUUUCAAGCCCGAUGGUCUUUCGGAAGUCCAGUACUCGCUGCAGACGGUGGCUCUGGCGCCACAGUGGGACGAUGUGCAAGAGUGCUUCCGGCACGCGCCACCGUUCUAUGCCUUGUCGUACACCUGGGGCUCCACCGCGAUCACCACGCAGAUUCUGGUGGACGGUCAUGUCGUCCCUGUUCGUGAGAACCUCGCAUUGUUUUUGGACGCGCUCAUCAACUAUCACUACCCGCGAAGGAACGCGCCUCCGCAUGAACCCAACUUUCUGUGCGAACCCGUAUUGAGACUAUGGGCGGACUACUUAUGUAUCAACCAGGAUGACACUACCGAGAAGAGUCCGCAGGUUGCGUUGAUGGGAAACAUAUACAGGUCUGCCGUGAGUGUGUGCGCCUGGCUUGGACCAAGUACGCCAGAGUCAGAUUACUGGUAUGAUUGGACACAGACCCAGGAUCUUCUUGAUCGUUCAACACGCCGGAACGUGGACAUGGCUGGUCUGCAGAGAAUGCAAGAUGCUAUAAACGAUGUCUGUAAUCGCCACUAUUGGAAAAGAGUCUGGAUUGUACAAGAGAUGAUCCUACCCAGUCGAUUGUGGUUCAUCUGCGGACGGCGCAGACUGAGCCGCACGAGCUUCUUGGUCGCAGUUCGAUGCUGCAAACGGCAACUACAGUCGGGAGCUUUGGUUCCAAUUGCGAAGGUGCUGCCUUCGGUGAAGAAUCUGGAUCGUCGGCUGGGUCUCAAGUUAGAGUACACGAAUGGACGCAUCGGCUUGCUUGGCUUGCUUGAGCACCUUGCGCAUGCACAAUGCGAUGAUGCUCGAGACAAGAUAUACGGCAUACUCGCCAUAGUGAGACGAACACAUCUGAUCAAGAUCGACUAUCGCAAACCACUUCUUCAAGUCCUACUCGAUGGUCUAUAUGCUUGUUUGUCAUCACGGGACAACGUCGGAAGAAUACUACAGGCACUGUCUGGACUGCUGCCGAAGCCCUUCGAUCUGGCGCAUCACAUGAGAACCGGCGACGGACUAUCCUACACAUACGGGCGCACGCACCUCAGAUUACCUUGCCACAGAGCUUAUGCGGAUCGUGAAAGAUAUCUCAUUGCCGUUGCUAAUGAGACAAACAUAGUUCCAGCCAAGAAUUCCACCAAAUUGCACGGGGUGCCAAAGGUUUGGAUUACCGCCACAUCUGAACUCAGUCUGUGUGAUCUGGUUUACUCGACAUGCGCUCCUCACCAGGAAUCCCAAUGGCUCACCUUCAACAAGUCACCGUCGUUUUUCAUCUUGCAAGACGGUGAAAGUGGCGAUCAUGACCCAUUGUGGGUAACUGCGCGCGGCUUUCGGGCCAGUGAUUGUGCUGUGCGAGUUCUGCCCUCUAGGCAGAGCUUCAAGCAAGCUUUUGUCCACGAACUUUGUCUGCCAGAUCCCAGAAGCUGGCUGCGACAUUGGAUCGGCGGAUCUUCGUUCACUUACAGAGAGGGCGAUGGCACGGUCGAAGGCGGCAUGGAUGGCUUUGCCACCAUCCUACAAACAAGUCUCUGGGUCCGGAACUACGACGAGCAGUUCAAAGAAGCACCUGCGCAAGAGAAGACUGACAAAGAAGCCCGGACGGAUCGUAGCAAUCGGCGACCUAUGAUCCGUCGGGGACCUUAUCAAUCAUCCCAAAAGACAGACCAAGCUGCUCGGACAACUUGUGACCAGCAGCAAGAUGAGAAUAAUUGGAGACCUUAUGAUUUCGGUAUCCAGCAUGAGCUGCUAGAUCCUUGCAGCAGUCAAAAGAGGAUUGCCGCUGCAAAUGGAAGCAAGCCAACAGGGAUAAGCGCAAUGACUCCGUAUGCUCCCUCUACAGCCUGGAUCGCCUGUCGAUCAGCCAGCGCACGCAGCAUCCUCCAGGGAGCUUGCUUCGUCGAGGCCUGGAUCUCCGCCAUCGGCACGUAG